AGGAGGAGGAAGGAGGAGUUGCGGUGCCGGAGCCGGUGCCGGGUCGGGGCAUGGAGCUGUGUGCAGGGAGCUGAGCGCAGGCAGAGUGCCCUGAUGCAGCCCCCUGGCAGCCCCAGCAGGAUGUUCCAGGUGCCCAGGGUGCCCCUGGACCGGGAGGGGAUCCUCUUCAGGCUGCGCUUCACCACCCUGGCCCUGGGCACAGUCUCCUGCCCCCUCUUUGGCUUCCUCUUCUGUGUCACCUGGUCCCUGCUCUUCCACUUCCAGGAGACCACAGCCACCCACUGUGGGGUGCCCAACUUCCUGCCCUCCAUCAGCGCGGCCGUGGGGGCGGAGGCUCCGCAGCGCUGGGUCUGGAGGCUCUGCGUGGGGCUGCACUCCGCCCCGCGCCUCCUGGUGGCCUUCACCUACUGGAACCACUACCGGAGCUGCCCCUGCCCCCACCCUGCCUACCUGCGCCUCUGCCACUGCACCCUGCUGCUCAGCCUGCUCGAGAACCUCGCCCUCCUCAUCCUCACCUACGUCUCCUCCUCCGAGAACUACGCCAUCCACGAGAAUGCCUUCAUCCUCUUCAUCAGCUCUGCCCUGGGGCACAAGCUGCUGACCUGCAUCCUCUGGAGGAUGACCAAGAAGCACACAGUAAGUCCCCAGGAGCGCAGGUCCUACCGCUGGAAGCAGCUGCUCUUCCUCUCCACCUUCCUCACCUUCGCCUGCGCCGUCGGCGUCUACCUGCACCACAACCUCUACUGCAGCCCCGGAGUCUACACCAUCUUUGCCUUCCUGGAGUACUUGGUUGUCCUCUCCAACAUGGCCUUCCACAUGACUGCCUUCUGGGACUUCAGCAACAAGGAGCUGGUGGUGAGCUCAGUGCUGGAGGAGAAGCACUUCUGAGGGGGCUCCCAGGGCACCAAAGGCUUCUCCUGCUGCUUCCGGAGCUGCCUCCAGCAUCCUGCCACGGGAUGGCUUCAGCCUCCUCCUCCUCCUC